AUGGGCGGCUUUCUAAAUGAAAACAUGGGCGGUCUUCUGAAUGAUAAGAUGUGCGGCGUAGGCUUUCAGAAUGAAAAGAUGGACAGCUUUCCGAAUAACAAGAUGGGCGGCUUUCUGAAUGACAUGAUGAGGGACUUUCUAAAUGACAAGAUGGACGGGGACAGCUUUUUGAAUGGCAAGAUGGGCGGCUUUCUAAAUGAAAACAUGGGCGGUCUUCUGAAUGAUAAAAUGUGCGGCGUAGGCUUUCAGAAUGAAAAGAUGGACAGCUUUCCGAAUAACAAGAUGGGCGGCUUUCUGAAUGACAUGAUGAGGGACUUUCUAAAUGACAAGAUGGACGGGGACAGCUUUUUGAAUGGCAAGAUGGGCGGCUUUCUGAAUGACCAGAUGGGGGGCUUUCAGAAUAACAAUAUGGACGGGUUCCUGAAUGACAAGAUGGGCCUAGGCGGCUUUCUAAAUGACAAUACUGGCGGCUUUCUGAAUUUUAGAUGGACGGCUUUCUGGAUGACUAGAUGGGCGAAAGACAAGAUUGACGGUUUUCUGAAUGAAAAGAUGGGAGGUUUUCUGAAUGACAAGAUUGGCGGGGUCGGAUUUUUAAAUAACAAGAUUGGCGGGGGUGGCAUUCUGAAUGACAAUAUGGGCGGCUUUCUGCAUGAAAAGAUGGGCGGUUUCCCAAAUGACAAGAUGAACGGCUUUCUGAAUGACUAG